CUGGUAACCGCCCAUCCUCUGGACAGACAAUUCAUCUCAAUCCAACAACUCGUGGACCAGCACGCUGUGGAGCUGUCUCUCUCGUCGAAGCGCGCGUCUUAUUGGGGUCAGGCCGAAGACCCACUCUCUUGUCGACCACAUCACGACGCUCUCUACAUUCUGACCGACCAUCCUGGAAGCCUGCAUCAACUAUAUCCCUCCCCCUCAUCGCCAUAGGUAUAGAGUUUCAUCUUGAUGUUAUAUUGCCUCAUUAUUGCUUCGUUUGCAGCAAUACUCAACAGGAACUGCCUCCCUUUCACGGAAGGUUCCACAAAGGGCGGGAAAGUCGUUGAAGACAUUCAACGGCGGUUUAUUGGCAGCUUCUUCCUCAAUACGAGCCCUUUGGUUGCUGGUGAGCCAAGGCUUACAUUCCAAUCUUCAAAUCCCUUGGUCCUGGCCACUUCUGGCUGUCUACAUCUCUGCCCUAGGCGUUGUCAAGGCGUCCCAUUUGCUGGUACUGUCUGCCCCUUAAUUCCUUCCUCCAGGGCGUUGAGUAACUUCUACCCGGGUUUCUUUUUGUGGCUCCAUCCUACAGUCUUGCUAUUAACCAACCCCGCUAAUGGGAUUUCAUCCAUGCGCAAUAAAGUGCGUAGUCAGGCCUCACGAAAAGCUCCUAUUCUCCUUCCCUGGUCGUGGAUGUGCGGAUGAUCCGAUCCUCGCGCAGUGACUGCGUUUCUCCGAUCCAUGGAUUCCGUAUAAUCCCUGGACCUGAAUAUUAAUAAGCCAAGGCCACUUGAUCUCGAUUUCUGCCAAAAAGGGGCAACUAUCACCACGCAACAGCCACUCUUUUAUUCCUAGGUCUUAUCGCAAGCAAAAUAUGCCAACGAUAUAGGUG